UUCUUCUCUUUAGAACCAAUGAUGUUUUCUGUAAGGUCAAGAAAAACAUCUGAUAAACAAGAAAAAGAUCCAUUUAUUCAAGAUGAAUACGAGAAAUACGAAAAGAAAGCUUACCCAUAUACAAAAGAAGGAUCUUGGAUCGACAAGCUGCACGAUCAAUUCAGGUUGCUUUUACUGACAUCCCUCAGCUUCUAUUUGCGUAUCAUGAAACUAGGAUUUCCUCCUUAUAUUACAGAAGCAGAAUUAGAAACCACACGUCAAGUGAAUUGGUAUAUGGCAAGCAAGUUUUUUAUUGGUAAAUUUCCUCCAUUGGUAGGCCUGGUUGCUUCUGGUCUGACACGCAUUGUGGGAUAUUAUGGUACAGAAGACUUGCUUUAUGCUGGACAACCUUUUGUUGAAUUUCCCGUGAUUGCUUUACGCCGAAUGUCUGCUUUAUUAGGCACACUUUUGAUCCCUUUGUGUUACAUUACCUUAAGAAACCUGAACCACUCACGUUCAACAGCCACAUUAGCAGCUGCUUUAUUGAUUUUUGAAAAUGGCAUGGUGACACAAUCAAGAUAUGCAACAACCGAAAUUUAUGUCUUGUUCUUUAGUGCAUUAGCUACCUGCUCAUGGACAUUCAUGCAUAAAUAUGCUCAAGAAAGUCAACACAGUCUACGUAUGGCCUAUUGGCAAAUCAUGACAGGCCUUGCUAUGGGUUGUGCCCUCAGUUCCAAAUGGACAGGUGGUUUGACAUUCCCUGUGAUAUGGGCUUCCAUUGGUAUUGAAGCCUGGAACAAGAUGUGUGAAAAACAAAACCAGGUCAAGACUGUGUUGAGACAAGUCUGUACGUUUGCUAUUACCGUUGGAUUAUUACCAUUAGGUGUUUAUCUUGCCUUGUUUCAUUUUCAUUUCAGCUUGAUACCCAAGGGUGGUGAUCAUGAUUUACUACUAAGUUCAAAGUUACGUUAUUCUUUAGAAGGCAAUGCAUUUGAAGCAAGUCAACCAGAUAUUGUUUUUGGUUCUCAAAUUGUUAUUAAACAUGAAGGUACUGUGGGCGGAUACAUUCAUUCUCAUAAAAAACGAUUUUCUGCUGGCAGUACACAACAAGAAGUGACUUUGUAUCCUUAUGUUGAUCUGAACAAUAUCUGGACAGUUCAUAAGACAAACGAAUUAUGGAAUGGCACACAACCCUUUGAAUUGAUUCAUAACAAGGACCAAAUUCGUCUUGAACACUUUGCUUCUACACGUAAACUUCAUUCGCAUGAUGUGCGUCCUCAACUGACAAACAAGAAAGAACACAAUGAAGUGACAGCCUAUGGUGACCGAUUGAUUCAAGAUCCUCAUGAUUAUUGGAUUUUACAUAUUCUGGAUGAAGAAGGAUACCCCUCCAAAGAUAAAAAUUUGACUUGGAAGCCUCUUGAACAACGCUUUCGUUUACAACAUAUUCGUGGAUGUGUCUUGAUCAGUCAUAAUGUGCAUUAUGCUCCUCCUACAGGUGAAAAUCACCAAGAGGUGACUUGUAUGAUCAGUGCGAAUCCCAAACUAUCCAACUGGAUUGUUGAAUCCUCUUUCCAUGAAUACCUGGAACAUGUGACACCUGUUGAAUUUGGCAAGAUGACCUUUUUAGAAAAGUUAAAACAAGUCCAUGCAUUAAUGCUAGAUUAUCCUAAUAUCGUAUAUGAUCGACUCAAGUCGGGCGGGAAGAGUGAAGGCGCUAUCGUUCUCGCCAACUACCGCAAUGAAGCACCCAGUAAAUGGUUCUUGAAGCGAGCCACCAUGCGUCUAUGGGGUGAAAUGGCUGGCCAUGCUGUCUAUAUGGUACUUAACCCGAUAGUUCAACGUAUCAUGUUGGCAAUGAUGGCAACCUAUGUUGGUUUUUUGAGUCUUCACGCCUUUUUAGUUAAACGUCAAAUGAAAUUACCUUAUGCUUUAUCUUGGCUCUAUGCAUCAGGCAUGGAUGUCGUUGUCCAUGAUUAUUAUACAAAAUCUGUUGUGUUUUAUUUCAGUGGUCUAUUGAUCCAAUUCAGCUGCCUCAAGUUCUUUCCGAGUCAUAUGGUGUCUAUGCCUGAUAUUCUCGGUGCUGUCUAUUACGGUCUUGGUCUAACCAGUGUGAUACUAGAGGCUUGUACUUGCCGUCUGCCUUCGUUUUGGCGUCGUACCUGUCUUUACGGACUUGUGUUCCUGUCUGUCAUUCAAUUCGCACACCUCUCUCAUCUCAGUUAUGGAGGCAAACCAUGGUUCCAAAACGAAUGUGAACAAGCAGACCUUGAUAUCGAUUGUCUUUCAUUCCCUCCUCAUCCUACCGAAUUACAGGAACUCAUACUGCAUAAUGGUAACUCAACCACCAUGACCGUUUAUGUGGAUUUAGUGGCUACAACACAAGCCUUCAAGUACAAUUUGGGACAAGAGGCAGAGGCAGAUAAACACAUUGCUAUUCUCAAACAAGCAUCGUUCCUGAAAGAAGCACAACAAGCGACAGGCAUGUACCGUUUCCAUCGUGUGGUACAGACGCCUGUCAUGUCUCCUGAAGAAGCAGGAAAAUGGGCUAAAGACGUCUUGGAGGGUGCGAAUCAAAGACAGGCAGAGGUGGCGCUUAAAUUAGCAGAACAAGAACGCUUGAAGCAACAAGAAAAACAGACAUAAAGUCGGAUGUACUUGCAGACAAGAUCAAUGAUUGCUUCUUUUAAACUCAGCUAGUGGUGCCUUUAUAAAAAAAAUACAAUAAAUUUUUUCUUUUCUUUUUUUUAUCAUCAUCA